UUUAGCCGUCUCUGUAUACGGGGUGAGGUUUUAUCUUUCAAUCUACAUAACAAAGGUGUUAGGUAAGGAAAUGGGGUACGAUAAUCAGUAUGGUCACCGGUACUUUUAAAUCCGCGAAUAAAUAUGUCAGAUUUUGAAAAUUGAAAAGUUACGUGGGAUUCUGAUAUUUCCAUGAGAUGGCUUCUUAUUCGCAUAAUAUUUGCUCGCGACGUUUAUAUAACAUUGUCGUAGGUGUGACUUACGUUUAUUUCAUGUCCAAUGGUAUAUAUAUAAAUAUAUACACGCAUGUGUUAUAUAUGUACGUGCCUUUUCGAAAAAAGAAGGGCCUAUCGAUUAUAAACAUGCUGCGAGAUCUUUUGCACAAUUUGUACGUGUAGCAGAUACGAGGGAUACGUUUUUGCAAUGAACAGUGAAAACUUAAAGAAAAAAAAAUCUAUAAGAAACUACCCGAGAAAUUCAUUAGAGGGUGCUUUUGAAAUUCGCGGUACGAUUAACCGUCACUCGUUGUCAGAUUAGAUAAAUAAAUGUUAGUUCAGUGAUUCUCAACCUAAGGAAUUAGACAAUGAAUGUGAGUCGUUGAACGUUUAAAAGAAAUUCGGUAAAAAUGUAUUUCCGAUAAUGAAGUUGAAAGGUUGAGAGUCUCUGCGUUUAUUAGACGUAGAUUUUUUUUCAAAUUUCCUUUCAAGUUGCAUAAGUACAUUUACUCGGUUAGUGGCGACAACAUUUAUAAAUCGCGACCUUGCCAAGUCGGAGUUUUCUUUUUUUUUUUUUUUUUUUACGAGUGUAACGUGGUAUCGUCAAUAAAAACCGGAAGUGGCUGCUAGAGAACCGUUAAAUCACGAAGAUAAGAAUUUUUGCUCGACGAAUAUACGAAUGCUGUAAUUACGAAAUGAAAUUUUUCCACAAGGCGUUUGAUCUUGCGACCAACUUCACGCGGUUUGACGAUUUUAGAAUUCGUAAGUGGAAAAAUAUUAGUCUGACAUUCCGUGUAGUCGGAAACGGACGAUAUACUGUAUCCGCUUGCCGAUGAGUAAUUAUAUAAUAAGAUAUUAGGAUUGCAUCGAGUUGGUGCAAAAAAACGUAGUGAAAAAUUUGAAUGCCGACGUGGAAAGGUCAGAGGGGGUGGUUAAAAAAUUCUUGUCGCUGCAAUUAAUCUUUUUAGAUAACAGUUUUUUGUUUUUUAUUUUAUUUGAAAAUUUAGUCAAUUCGUAGCUGGUUCCCCGUCCUCGCUGUUAUACAUAUAUAUAUCCUAUAUAUAUAAUCGAGGUCGAACUUUGAAUCAAAUAGUUACACGUUUUAAAUAGAUACAAAGAAGGAAGCGGGAGAAGGAAAAAGUAAUUAAAUGAAGAAACAAGUAGCAGACGAAAAACAGAGAGAACGUAGAAGAAAUGCUGGACAAAGAAUUGUGACGGAUAUUCAAAAAGAUUAACGAUUUCAUCACGUUGCGGAUUGAAGUAGUCAUUUUUCUUCUCGUAGUAUCAGUAGAAAGGGACAGACAACUAGGAAAAAGGUUGACGGCGAACGAGGUUCUCAUCACGUACUCAUUGGUAUUUCGUCGAACACUGAACAACUGAAUUUUGCUGGACUCGAAGGACAGACGAAGAUUGCGUCAUUAAAUAAUGAAGUACGAAUCCACCAGAAGCGAUGCUCGUUUCUGAUUGGUCGUUGCUCGCCACCCUGGCGCCAUCUACGUGCACUUCUGCAAUUUUGGUUGGAACAUGGGAGAGGAGAACAUGAGCGAAAUCUAAAGGUCACCUUGAAACGCCUAAACGUUGAGCAGGUGACGUCUGACAGCGGCUUAGAAGACAUCGAGCUCUUGAUUGAUCAGGACAGCAAGACUGCUCGUGAAAUACUUGUGACUCAUUUGGAUAUUGGUGAGUAAUAUCAGAAAUAUACGAAAGCAUCAUGGAAGACGAACAAGCAGCACAAAGGUUUAUAAAGCCUGGCAGUCAUAAAGGCAAAGGCUUAGCUGUAUUUACUAGUGGUGGUGAUUCUCAAGGAAUGAAUGCUGCAGUCCGCGCCGUAGUGCGAAUGGGUAUUUACUUAGGAUGCAAGGUCUUCUUCAUUAAAGAAGGUUACCAGGGUAUGGUAGAUGGCGGAGACAAUAUUGUCGAGGCUACGUGGUCAUCUGUCUCAUGCAUCAUCCACAGAGGUGGUACGGUUAUAGGUUCGGCACGUUGUAUGGAAUUUAAGGAACGUGCAGGACGCAGGAAAGCUGCCAAGAAUUUGGUAACACGUGGAAUUACCAAUUUGGUAGUCAUUGGUGGUGAUGGUUCUCUUACUGGUGCCAAUCUCUUCAAGGAAGAGUGGUCUGAGCUAUUAAAAGAACUCAGUCAGUCAGGAGACAUCACGGCAGAGCAAUAUGAAAAAUAUCUGCAUCUUCAUAUCGUUGGUCUGGUUGGUUCCAUUGACAAUGAUUUCUGUGGCACCGAUAUGACGAUUGGUACAGAUUCUGCUCUGCAUAGAAUAAUUGAGAGCAUCGAUGCCAUUGUCAGUACAGCUUAUUCACAUCAACGGACAUUCAUUAUGGAGGUCAUGGGUCGUCACUGUGGGUAUCUGGCUAUCGUGGGUGCAUUAGCCGCCGAGGCUGACUACGUAUUCUUCCCAGAAUGUCCACCUCCUGUCGACUGGCCUGAAAAACUAUGUAGAAAGUUGGAGCAGGAACGUCUUACUGGUCAGCGUUUAAAUAUCAUCAUCGUGGCAGAAGGUGCUGUGGAUAGAAAUGGAGAUCCUAUCACAGCUCAGAAGGUUCACAAAGUUGUUGUCGACAAAUUGCAACAGGAUACAAGAAUCACUGUGCUUGGUCAUGUACAGCGAGGAGGAAACCCUUCAGCCUUCGACAGAGUCCUGGGUUGCAGAAUGGGUGCUGAAGCGGUAAUGGCUCUAAUGGAAGCUACACCGGAAACGGAAGCUUGUGUCGUCACCUUGGAUGGUAACCAGGCUGUUCGUUUACCCCUGAUGGAAUGUGUAAGACGCACCAAAGCUGUUGCUCAAGCUAUGGCAGAUAAGAAUUGGGAUCUGGCUGUUAAACUUCGUGGAAAGGGCUUCGCUCGCAACUUAGAAACAUAUAAAAUGUUGACAAGACUAAAGGCACCUGUUGAGUACGAUCACACCAAGGAAAGUAAUGGCCCCACGUUAACGAAGCAAUACACUCUUUGUGGGCAAGAUCAUUAUACUUUGGCUGUAAUGCACGUUGGUUCACCCUCUUGCGGCAUGAACGCUGCAGUGCGUUCUUUCGUCAGGAACUGUAUUUAUCGUGGAGACAAGGUUUAUGGUGUUUGUGACGGUGUGUUGGGUCUAAUGACUGGGAAGCUCAAGUUAAUGGAUUGGCCAUCGGUAACUGGUUGGGUAGCUCAAGGUGGUGCUUAUUUAGGAACUAAACGUGCGCCUCCAAAGGACGAUCAGCUACCACAAAUAGCUCAAAAACUUAAAGAAUUUGGAAUUCAGGCUCUGCUGAUUAUUGGUGGAUUUGAGGGUUAUCAAACCGGUCUAGUGUUCUGCAAAGCAAGAGAAAAGUUUGAUGAAUUUAAAAUACCUAUUGCAAUGAUUCCCGCGACUAUUAGCAACAACAUUCCCGGAACGGAAUUUUCUCUAGGUUGUGAUACGGCCCUCAAUGAAAUUACAGAAAUCUGCGAUCGUAUUCGUCAAUCUGCUCAAGGAACCAAGCGUCGCGUAUUCAUAAUAGAAACUAUGGGCGGAUUCUGCGGCUACUUGGCAACUGUCGCUGGCCUAGCUGGCGGCGCUGACGCUGCAUAUAUAUUCGAGGAGAAGUUUAAUAUCAAGGACUUGAAUCAAGACGUGAUAGCAAUGGCGGCAAAGAUGUCCGAGGGCGUACAGAGAGGAUUGAUUCUUCGAAAUGAAAGUGCCAAUCUAAAUUAUAAUACAGACUUCAUGCAGAGGCUUUUCUCAGAGGAGGGAAAAGGAUUGUUCAGCUGUAGAAUGAAUAUAAUUGGUCACAUGCAACAGGGAGGCUCGCCAACCCCAUUCGAUAGAAACUUGGGUACUAAGAUGGGUGCCAAGGCCGUUGAAUGGUUCAGCGAACAAUUGAAAAAGAAUACCAAUGCAGAUGGACAAACUGUAGCUACUAUUCCUGAUACAGCUGUGAUGCUGGGUAUUGUCAGACGUCAGUACAGAUACACUCCCUUCACAGAACUUACUGAAGUCACCGAUUUCGAACAUCGUAUACCCACGUACCAGUGGUGGAUGAAGCUACGUCCGUUGCUGAAGGUGCUGGCAAAACAUGAAUCUACGUACGAAGAGGAAGGUCUCUACAUAACUGUGGAGGAGAUGAACUUCGAUAAUGACGCGACUCUUGUCUAAAUUGUAAAGAAAAAGAAAGAAAGAAAAAACAGAAGCGACCUAUUCUAUGAGGUAAAUGUGUCCUAGGAGCGCUUCGGCAGGAUUCUUGAUAUGGGAUAAAUUAGGUCGAUAAGUAGUAACAGUAUUUUGAGCGCAUUAACGGUAAUCGUUGUUCCGUUUGAGUCUAUUUGUACAAUAGAAAGAAUUUUUAGGCAGGAAUUAUUAAAGAGGACGAAUUUCUUUCGUUGAACGUACGCUUUGAACGUUUGCUAGGAGCUUGCGACCGUAACAAUUGCAAAUUCUUUUGUGUCGUUCGUUUUUCUUCUUUUGAUGUUCUGCAGCUGCCGAGUCACGACAUCUGAUUUUGAAUCUUUUUAUUAAACACAAUCGUUAGUUAUCGGCGGCUGUUACACGCGUUGGCGAUUAAAUUAUUCGUUUUGGGUGUCUCAGUCGUAAUUCGAACAAGUUUAAUCUCAGGUAAGAUACAGGUACAAUCGAAGUACCUGAAAAGCGAGAGGGUAAGCUAUACUUUAAGGAUCUACCGGAUUAAAAAAGUAAAUCCUCAUUGGAUCUAUCGAUAAAUUCUAAUUGGCAAGAAAAAUUAGUAUAUGCCGACGUUGAAAGGCACUAAAAAGAGUUGGAUUUUAUCUUAAGAAUAAAAUUGGAGUUAAUCAAGCAAAAGUAUAAUUGUACAAUUGGAUGUAAUAAAAAUUAGAAUUCGUGUAAAUUAUAAUUGGCUAAUUAUCAAAAUAUUAUACGAUCGAAAUUCGUAAAGCGUAUUAAAUUAUCGGAGUAAAUUUAUAAAAAAUUAAUGUGCUGCUCGAUAUCAAUUCACCUCGCAGAUUCAAUAAUUAUAAAUGAUCAAUUAAAGGUUAUCCUAAAGUUAAUAAAUAUUCACUGUUAUCGAUUACCAGAUUCAAUAACACUUUGUGUAAUUUAUAUUUUAAAAAAUACACCUCACACAUCUACUUACAGUCCAGUGAUUGAAAGCAAAUGAAAAUCGAGCGAAUUGACAAAAAAACAAUUCACGCGACUAGCACAAUAAAGGCAAAAUUUCGAUUAAAGAAUCGCGAUCGAUUAAGGUAUAGAAUUAAGGAUAAGGAUAUUUUCGUGACAGUUUCAGUUAUUAUUAAAAAAAAAAGAAAAAAAAGAAAAAAAAACAUUGUCUUUCCGUUAAGCGUUAUUCGAAGCUAUAAAGAGCUAUUUGAAGAAUAUACUCGUCUACCUCAAAAGAAUAAUUUGCAAUCGCGAACGGCUCUUAGGAAAAAUGUCGACCUAAGUCCUGUUGGUUGCACGUAAUGUUAAAAAAAAAGAUUUGCUAAGACUUAAGGUUUGCGAGGGUAAAGAAGAAAAAGAAAAGAAAAAGAAAUCAUAAUGUUUAAAAUUAAUUCCUUUUUUCUAUUACGACACUCGCGUACCUGUCGUAAUAUCAUUAAUUAUUAGAUGACGUCCAAAUGGAGAUAUGGUACGUUCAUAAUAACUUAGAGUCACAAGAAAAAGGAUUUAAACUACGAACGUCAUGGCGUUCGUUCAUGUCUUGUAAAAUUAAUAAGGGGGAAAAAAGAGAACAAAUUAUUAUAAAAUUACCAAUUUAUCAUUGUUCAAGAUUUGUCAUCCUCGUUCAAUUAAUUCGUUCCGUCACUCUCAUCAAAUUGGUAUUAAGCGUCGACUGUGACUUUACAAUGGUCUGCGUAACCUUGAUAUUAUACAUACUAUGAAAAAAUUAAAUUUGGAAAAUAAUUAUUUGCAAAAAGUCAUCAUGCUAACAGGACACACGUUUAUUGCAUUGUACGUCCAUCCGUUACAUCCGUAGAAGUAGAAAUUAAUGAAUCACGCAAUAUGCAAACUUCGAUCAAAUUAUUCAAAUAUAAUGUUGCAAAUGGUAUUACCGAUAUAUCAUUACUCUAGAAAAUUUUGGGCAAUGACCUUUUAUCAGUGUGCUUGUGUAAUCGUUGUCUGGUACGUUUAUCGAAAAAAUUCUGACUGAUGAGAUCAUUGAAAAAAUUAAUUUUUUAUUUCCUUUUUUUGGGCUUUAUCUCACUUCUGUGUCAUGUUCUUUUUAUUGCGCUGUUUCGACGUUUCAACCACAAAGUAGUUACCUAUUAUACAUAUAUAUAUAUAUAUAAAUUAUGUAUUUAAUGAUAAUCGCAUAUAUACAUAUGUGUAUUGCAAAUGAAUCAUCUAUGUGAAAAUGUUAUCGAGUGCGUAUUAUUAUAUUAAUGGUUGAGAAUUAUAUUUAAAGACAAUAGAAUCUGUUGAUCGCAUUAUACAAAUAUACACAGGCGUUAUACAAUAUAUCGUUCAGAUUUGACAGAUGAGAUAUUUGGAAUAUCGUAAAUUGGAUUUCUCUGGAGUUUUGAAAAUGCAUUGAAAAAUUCAGAAUAUUAUGCAAGUUUGAUAACGUCAUGCUACCUUGAGAUAUGUCAUAUCCUAUCUUCUUUUUAUCAGUGGCAUCUUUUUAAUGGUCAAAGUAUACAAAACAAACGGCUCAUUGUAAUUGAUAGCGUUUGCCGAUUAUGAAAUUUGGGAGAUAGAUGGUACAAAGAAAAUUAUAUUAUUUAUAUGGUGGAUCAAUAUCAGUCUAGAUCAUUUUGAUAUAUCAUUUCUGUAUGCCUACCGUAAAAUGAUAUGAGGUUGUGGCAAAAAUUUCAAUGACUUUGUUAUCAGGUUACUAAAGUAAAAAUGAUUUCCUUUUCAAUCCUGAUAUUAGCAACGUAACGUUUAGCAGGUAAUAUUUCGUUAUAAUAUCCAAGAGACUCUUACUAUAAUUUUCGCUCAUUGUUGAUCAAUGACAAAUUACGUUUUUGUAGUGUUUAGUUGCGUAGUGUUAUAUAUUCUUGUGAUCUAUCAUAUUUUCGCAUUAAAUUAUUUAUCAUAUCUGUAUUACAUGAUAAUAUAAGAUUUUCUUUCAUUUGUCCAGUGGAAACUUCUCAAUGCCAUUGUACUUCUUGUCGUGACACUCUAAUGUAACACGCAGAGCGAUUGAUAAGAAUGUUGUGUCUGUGUCGUCAAAUAAAUUAUAUCUUCUGUAUUCAUGGAA